GCCCUGCUGCUGCUUCUUGCGCCCGGCCCCGCUCCCUAGCCCUGCGCGUCCCCCCGGGGCGGGCCUCCCCCUUCUUUCUCCGCUGGGUGACGACAAUCCCGACCAAACUCCCCUCCUUUCUUCCUCCGCCUCCUCCCCCCGCCCCGCGUGUAGACUCGAGAACUGGGGCUGAGCGGAGCGGAACAGACCCGCCCCGGAUCCCCGCCCUUCCUUCCCCAGAGCCAGCGGCUGUUCAGACUCUGCUGCGCCGGCAACUGGAGGGGUCCGAGCGGGGAGAAUUGCCGCCGCCCUGCUCGCCGCUUAACGAACCGAGGAAGCCGCCCCGCCUGGCCUCUCCCGUGCGGGGCAGUGACCGGCCGCCCCAAGCCCAGGCAGCCCGGGCUCGGUUUCCUGUUGCUCGCUCUCCGAUUCUGCCCCGGCCGGCCCGAGCCCAUCGGCGCCAUGGGCUGCACAGUGAGCGCCGAGGACAAAGCCGCCGCCGAGCGCUCCAAGAUGAUUGACAAGAACCUCCGGGAGGACGGCGAGAAAGCGGCGCGGGAGGUGAAGCUCCUUCUUCUCGGUGCAGGAGAGUCUGGGAAGAGCACAAUCGUAAAACAGAUGAAGAUUAUUCAUGAGGACGGAUAUUCAGAAGAGGAAUGCCGGCAGUACAAAGCAGUGGUUUACAGCAACACCAUCCAGUCCAUUAUGGCUAUCAUAAAAGCAAUGGGUAAUCUGCAGAUUGAUUUUGGAGACCCUUCCAGGGCGGAUGAUGCACGCCAAUUGUUUUCACUCUCUUGCACUGCCGAGGAGCAGGGAAUCCUGCCAGAAGACCUGUCCAACGUGAUCCGGAGGCUGUGGGCCGACAAUGGAGUACAGGCUUGUUUUAAUCGUUCCCGAGAGUAUCAGCUGAAUGACUCUGCUGCAUACUACCUGAAUGACUUGGAGAGAAUAGCCAGAGGGGAUUACAUUCCAACCCAGCAAGAUGUGCUAAGAACCAGAGUGAAGACUACAGGCAUUGUGGAGACUCAUUUUACCUUCAAGGAUCUACAUUUCAAGAUGUUUGAUGUGGGGGGCCAGAGGUCUGAGAGGAAGAAAUGGAUCCAUUGCUUUGAAGGAGUGACUGCCAUUAUCUUCUGUGUUGCUCUUAGUGCAUAUGACCUGGUUCUGGCUGAAGAUGAAGAGAUGAAUCGUAUGCAUGAAAGCAUGAAGUUGUUUGACAGCAUCUGCAACAACAAGUGGUUUACAGACACAUCCAUCAUCCUUUUCCUCAACAAGAAGGAUCUCUUUGAAGAGAAGAUCAUUCACAGCCCCUUGACCAUCUGCUUCCCAGAGUACACAGGGGCCAACAAGUAUGAUGAAGCCGCUGGCUACAUCCAGAGCAAGUUUGAGGACCUGAACAAGAGGAAGGACACCAAGGAGAUCUACACCCACUUCACCUGUGCCACUGAUACCAAGAACGUGCAGUUUGUCUUCGAUGCUGUCACCGAUGUCAUCAUCAAAAACAACCUGAAGGACUGCGGGCUCUUCUAGCUCUUCAGGUGGCAUCUACUGAGGAACACAGGAAGGAUUACUUGAACUGCUCCACAUGAGGAAGAGGCUGGUGUUGAUGAAGGGAGGAGGACCGCACCAUUUAAUGACUCCUGCUUCUUUUGUUUCAUUCCUUUUUAAUUUUCCUAAUGAUGAGACUUUGGAGAUUCUUCCUGUCCAAGAGACAGGCUCCAUUGCUUCCCCUGCUCUGUGCUGUCCCGGGUGCCUGCUGCAGGUAGUUUUUUAUCCUUUCCCUGUGCCCACAAAGCCUUAUUCGAGCACCAGUUAUUGGUGGCCUGCCAUAGCUGUAACAUGUUCAUGUACGCCAUUUAAAAACAAGCUGAAGUGCGGAAGGUAGCAGGUCAGCGGGUGUGGACAUGUUCUUAAUACUCUUUACUUCUGUUUUGAGACAUGAUAAAUUGUCCAGUCCAAGCAACCCUCUCUCUGGCUCUGCCAAAGCAAUCACUGACCAUUUGUCUUUUCACCUUCCAUGGAGGAGUUCUUGCCAUGAAGCAAGCCUCUCAGCCCCUACCUCUGUAAUUUGCACAGACCAGCAAGAAAACAAAAACAUUCCUCUAAAAGUCAAUUUGUGUGGGGAAAGUUGAUCUUCUUUUGUUUUUGUUUUUUAAGAAAACGUUUUAAAAAAAACUUAUUUAAAAUGUCAAGUAGUAAACGUUGAGUUGCCCAAUACGAGCUCAUCUUCUCUAGUAAAUUUUGUGCCUUGAGGGUGUCUGUAUGUUUACAUCUGUUUCCUAGUUUGCUUCAAUGUGCAUUGUGUUUAGAUUUGGAUAAACUGGGUUCCCCACCCCGCCCUUUCCCCAGCCCUGCUCUCCCUUUCCGCUGUGGUCCAGGCCAAGCUUUUUAUGAGGGGGCAGCGCCCAUGGGUUUUAAACAUGUUUCUUCCUGGCCACAGAAUUAGGUUCCUAAGGGCUAAGACUCCACUAAGGACUAAGCAAUGUUGAUGUCAACUUCUUUCCAUUCCUACGUGCCCCACCCCAGGGCCUGUGGGUGCUCCUGAGGUUGCUGUACUGUCAGGUCUAUUUUAAUGUAAUUUCUUAGCUCUAACUGUAGCGUCAGUUGAGGAAACACUGCUGUAUGUAAGCGGCUCUGCCUGUCCUGAUGUUGAUGGGCACAGGGUCAUUAGUAACCGUCAAGACGCAGCCUAGCUUUUAUCACAAAUGUUUUACCAAAUUGUUCACAUGGUUUGAAAUAAUAAAAGGUAGAAAGAAA